AUGCCGUCGCUGCCGCAUCGCCCAGCGCUGGCUCCUCGUGACGGCAUAUCCAGCUUCGUGUCUGUCCAAAGCUCCGACUCCUACUACAGUGACGAAGAAAUCGCUAUUCUGCAUGAUGUCGUCACAGCCGCGCAAGAGAAUCUCGAACUCCUUCCCGAGGGGGAACGGUUGGCAACAAACGCACUGUUCCAGGCCUACGACGCCGUCCUACCGCUCUACGGCGUCGACCCGGAGGAAGACCACCAUAUUUCGCGCCUCGUCUUCCGGAUCGGCGGCGAACGCGGCGAUGGAUCUCUCAUGGAAAAACUUCGUGCUGUCUUGUCGAGGAUGGGUAUCGGGCUCGAAUUCGACAGUCGCAGCGACGGCUCCAGGGUGCUCUCAGACCAUGGCGACGGACCAGACUACCACGACGGCCCUAGUCACGAAGAGUCUUUCCAGCCGUCUCCGGUUCUCACGGCGACCGAUCAUAACUCUCACUCGUCCGAAGACGAACCAUCUGAUGCUGAUAAAGAGCACCCAGUCUUCCACCCAGCCCAACGGGAAGAGAUGGCCUCCUUGCCUCAUUCACAGCCGUACGAGGCAUACCAUUUGGACGAUUCCGCAUCUCCCCCAAGGCUAACGCGCGCGGAUGCGGGACCAAACCACUUGGAUGUAAAGCCCGCUAGACAAAUCAAAUCAGCACAAAACUAUACGCCCUCUACGGCAGGAGACACGGAGCAAACACACCAAAGUCACCAGUCAAUCGCUGGUACCAAUGAGCAACGUGGCGCUAGCGACACCACGGUCCAGCCUGUUGAGGCUCUCAACCAUCGUCCCGCGAAGAACAAGAAGGAGGUGCCCGCGCUCCCCGUUCGGUCCAAGCCUGUGCGGACAAUAGACCCGAAGUUGCCCAAGUCGAGAAUGGGCCUGAGGUGA